AAGAACAAGAACAUGCGAUCGUAUGUUGAGUGUCCCUCCAAUUCGAAUUCCUGUGGUUAGAGAAAAUAGUCCCGCGACUGGGUCAUGUAUUACGAGAUUUUUAAUUCCGAGUAAGAGUACCCGUAACGAGGAGAAGGAGACGUUGACGUAAAAAAUAAGUACUUAUAUUAGAUAGUUCUUUUCUUUAUCCAUAAAACGGAGUAAGUCUAAGUUCCGAAAGUGAAAAAAUGUCGAGUCACGAAUCUAAACCUAAAGCAGACGUGCCAUCCGAUGACUCCGGAUCCGGAGCACCCGUCCCGCUACUAUCGGAUGACGCGAUCGGUACAGCUGCAGCAGAGAAAGUAUUGACUUGAAAAUUCAUUAUGUGCAGUUAUGACUACGCGUCGGAAGAACAAAGUUCAAGUUGCUUUUUGAGACCAGGAGCAAUUUCAACUCCGACCUUUACUAGUAAGAACAUAAAAAGCUGUAUUAAUGCUCUACUGCUACACCUUGUACUAAUAGAAGUGAGAUAGAUUUUUCUGUGAUCGUCAUCACAUCUGUCAACAUUUAUCAUGAUUCGACUUCAGGCACUUGGUGCAGAAGGAGCUUCGAUCUAUCACGAGGCGGCGUCCUUCCUCCACUCAGGGGAUCCUGAGGCUUCUUUUGCGAGCGCGGUGUCGGGAGACCCAGCUGGCCAGUACCUCAAUGCCUCAUCUGGCUCGGUGCCAUCUGCGAUGUUCGAGAGUUUUUUAAGCGACCACGCUACAUCAGGUAGAGAUCCGAAUAGCAGUUUUGUCAGUGUCUCUGGUGGGGACGUCAUCGAAAGGCAGAAUUCUAGCCAGGGCGAGCAAGGCGCUGAGCUAUCCUCAGACGGCGACGUCAUACCAAUGAUCGAGGAAGAGAAAAGCAAGGAAUACCUUGAUGAUCUUGAGGUACAGCCUUUAGAUGGAGUUGAUGAAACGAAACGUCAAGAGUGCGCCGAAGAUGAAGCCUGCGAGAACGGAGAUCUCGAAGAUAACAAUGAAGGACUCCUUCUAGAUCGUCGCAGCGACAGCAAGACAAUCGGCGGUGGAAGUUCCUCGAAUAGCUCCAAGCCUGGGUCCGCCGAGAAAAGCCAUCUUGGCUUGAGUAAACUUGACUCCUCUUAUGGCGGAAGCAGCGCGUCGACUGCGCGAAACGGCUUAGUAAUCGACCCUGAAGUCGGUGUUGGCUACGUUGUUGGCGACUUCAAUGAUCAAAUAGACCCAGAGAUUCAGGCGGAUCAGAACAGGUGCAAGGGACAAGUACCAGCGGGCGAGAACCAACGACAACUAGUAGAGGCGGAGCCACGAACGCAACAUGUAAACAAGCUCCAUCAACAAGAAGAGGAUCUUCACCUUGACCAUGACACUUUCCGAAAAAAUGAGCAGAACAAUCCUGGAGAUCGCUCUUGCAGCGGCGGCGAAGAGGCUGACCGCGAUGACAGUUCUGGUAGUAACGCAAGUCGCAGUCGCAGUAAUCCACGGCGAAAGAGACGGAAACUGCUUCCGGCUGACGAUGAAGUGGCUGCUCCAGGAGUAACCUCCGCUUUUGCUUCAGGCUUAUCAUCUCCAGGUGGUGCGCCCAAGCCGAUUACGAAGGUAAGCAGUAUUAGCAAAAAAUCGCAAGAUGGGGGGACUAGUCGUCGCGCCGAUUCUGUUGACCUAGAGGCUGAUGACGAGUUUUCCCCGUCAGCAAAAAAUCAAGAUUUGGGGACGCCUGUUGGACGCUACGCCUACGCCGAGGAGCGAGGAAACGCUGAACUGGUUGUAACGGGAGAGAAAGACAACAUGUAUACCGGAGUAGAGGACAACGUCGAGGAAGAGGAAGCAGUGGUCCCCUCACCUCUUACACCGCUUGCAGAAGGUCAAAAUAAUGCAGCUUCUUAUUUGUGCAGGUAUAGUUCUUCAUCAGCGUCUAUCUCGAAGCGGAGAUCAAGUGUACAGAGUGCGGGCGUAGCUCCAGUUGACGGGGAUGACGAGGAGUCGUCUGAAUCUCGAGCACAUCGGCAGGAGGGAGAGCGACUCAAGCGAGAAAAGGAUCAUCAGAGGAACAAGUACGCAGUAAGUUCAGUGUGGGACAUUCUUACUUCUGGCGUCUCUGGAGCUAUAGGUCCUACUGCACAACAAGAAAGCAAGGAAGCAGCCAAGGCAGAGCACAAUGCAGAAGAAGACAAUGUUGUAGUAAACCUAAACCCUAGAAGCAUAGGAAAAAGGAAUGACAACGACGCUCAUCAGUCCUCAUCAUCCGCAAAUGUGGUGGAGACAGCAAUUGAACUGGAGCAACAACGCAAAGAACUAGAAAAACAAGAGCAAGAUUAUAUCCAAAAAAAAGUAGCAGAACUGACAGAACUUUUGCAGGAAGAAGAGGCCGACGCGAACCAUCGGCUUAGCUUGUACUCACAGGAGAAAGAAAACCAGCAGCUCGAAAAUGAAAUGCAUAGAGUAUCAAGCAUUAUCGAGGGUAAGAUGUCAAGCUCAACAAGUGGUAAGUUCGACGCGGCCGAACAAGGAGUAGAUCAAGUACAUGACGUACGAGACAACCAAGAAGAAAACUCAACAGAAGCGCUUGGAGAAGCAGACAAUGCCCCACUCGAGUGCCACUUCGAGAAAGUACAAGUCAAUGCCGUUGUAGGCGAGCAGGAUGCUGUGCACGUUUCAGAAAACAGUAUAUCGCCACCAAUGAAAUCUCGAAGGAUCGAGAUCGAAGACAGCGAUGACGAAGAUCUAGAAUUUGCACUUCCGCCUGCACUUCCAGAGGAGGCCAACGAUGGGGGCGCUUUUGAUCAGGUGGCGCCCGCCUAUUCUGAGCAUGAAAAUGGCCUUGAGGCUAGUAUCAGCAGCUCUUCGUCGGCACCACCUGGUCCGAAACCGGAGGAUACACGGGUUUUUGGACCGAAAAGGUCUUCGACAUCCGAAGCAGAGGAUCCAGAGGGCCCACAACGUGUAUUGUUCGAGGACCUCGCCAGUACCCUUGAUUACAAGUCACCGCUCUCGGACGAUUUUCAUGAGGCAGGAGGAGCAGAGAGAGACAACAGCGAACAAGGCAGGGCAAGUGAAAAUCAGCGAGACGAAGAAGGCGAUGAAGUCAUGGGCAGUGCCUCUGCCUCAACUCGAGCGCGUGAGGAUCACGAUAGCGACGAGGGAGAUGACGUCGACGGAGAAAGCAUGCACGCAAGUGCAAGAGACUCUCGUAGUAGACGGAGAAAGCGUCCGUGGAGAGAUGGGUCACGGGACGACGACAUGGAAGAAGAUGAGAAUUGGUACGAAGCAAGACGCGGCGAUGAUGAAGAGCGCCGUGUUGACAGUGACUGUGACUUUGAUGAAGAUGGCAAUAGGCGGCGACAUCGCAGGCUUGGUGCAGAAGAAGAAGAUCAGGAUGACGACAUUGAUAGAGACGAUCGAAAGGAGCGGAGACGCAGGAGGAGAAAUAGGAAGCGCUCAAGGCGAAGAGAGAAUGGAGAUGAAGAAAUCGACAACGAUCCUGAAGGCGAUGGGGAGCACAGCGAACAAGAAGAAAUGGAGCACAACGCCAACAAUCGUCUUGACGAGGACGAUAAUGACGACUCUGCCCCACCAAGGAGAUAUCGAGGCAGUCGAGGAAAAGGCAGGAGAGCCGGAAAACUCGACCAAAACACUAUAGAAGACGAAUCGGAUGAUAGUGCUUCUUCCUCGGUCGAUGAGGAUGAGGAAGAAAAUAAACUGGUGAAUACCUCUGGGGACUACGCUUUCACGUACACGGAUGUACGAGGCGCAAUGCCGCCGAUUCCAGAGGACGAGGAAUUUGCCGAAGGAAUGAGCGUCGGUCAACCAGGAGGUACCACGCUUGCUUCUUGCGUUCAUUUCACAUCAAUGUCAUUUUGUUAUGAAUGUUUUUGAGCACUUCAUCUUAUUCUCCUUCAGACUUUCUCGCUUAGUAUGGAUUCGUUUUAGUUCCACGGCACUUUUGCUAUUGCUUUUGGUGUUUUGACUGUUCCUGCUCAUGUGAAUUUCGUAUUACAUUUCUGUCGCGUCAUCUUCAAUCGAAUAUCGGUAUUAUGUUCUAUCUUUCUGAUCCUGUCUACUUCUCCUUUCUCAGGUUACAGUCCGUUGCUGAACCUUCCUGGCAGUCCUCUUUCGUCUUGGUUCUCUCCGGAGGCUGUUGAGUGUGCCGAUUCAGACGAGGAGGGUGACGACGAAAAUCUCGCCGAUUCGAGCGAGUUCCCGCCAGCAGACGUGCCUAUUGCACCACCAAACGAAUCGAUCACAGGAGAGAAGCCAUUCGCUGAUGCUCCGCUCUCAGAAAUCCCGCAAGAAGACGCAGCUACCACCGCGGUAGGGGUUGACGCUCCAAAAGAUCCCAGGCAGGAAAUCGAGGGGAUUAUCGACGAAGAUGAAGAUGCCGAGGAGGAAAUUGUGGAGGACAGCAAAAAAGUGAUUGGCGGUGACAUUGAUGAUAGUCUACCUACAAUUUCUAGACUACGAAGAGUGCCACUCAUGCUUGACCACGAGCAACAACCAACACCAAGCGAAUGCAAAGACACGAACCAAAAUAGCGCACGUGUACAGCGGACGGUGCCCAUCCUCUUUAACGAGACAGAAGUCGAACAUGGAACUGACAAUGAAAAGUCCGACGUAUUGAGACAAGUAGUAGCUCAUGAUGCACAAGCACAAGCUGCUGGUGAAGAGCAUGCUGCGCCAGCCGGAGCAGGAGCUUCUCCUGCUAAUAGACGCAGUAAUGGAACGAAGCGAGAGCGAUCACCAAUGCAGGACUUCGCUCUUGAUACGCACGUAAACAAGCAUCACAAGGCAGAGGAAAAGGAGAACGUGUCUCCGAGAAAGGGCCACGAGCCUACGCCUGCGGCCCCGAAGUCGCAACCAGAACUAGCUCCCAUAAGAGAAAGCAAUAUUCCCAACGAUGAUGUCUCGCCCCUCGUAACUCCGCGUGACGGCAACGCGCUUCCGAGAAAAAGUGGGAGUGGCGCUGCGGUGUCUGACGCAGGUAGCAAGAUGGGUCAAGAGGAGUCACCUCUAUUUGGUAUGCGGCCGGACGGUAAGCCAAGCACGGUAUCUUUCGACAAAAAGCCAGUCCCUGCAAUGAAACUCGCUGUGACUGCCGGAGGCAAGUCGCAUCUUCAAGUAGAGGGAAAUAAGGGAAAUAGCAAGAAGGGCUUGCAGAGCGGCUCAAGUACGACUAGCUCAUCCUCAUCAGCUUCAGCACAAAAAGCCAAUAUCAAUUUUGGAGUGCCACUGUCUGAUGAAGACAAAAAAACCGCUCCCGUGUGCUGGACAUUGAAGAAAGACGAAGUGACAGGACAAGUGGUCGCAACACCUUCGGCUUUGCCUCACGACCUAGGAACGGUAACAUCUUUAACGGGUGCAUCAGCAUCGUCGAUUUCCAGUUCAUCAAGCGCUCCGCUUUUUACCCCGCGAGUGGCUGCUGGAGCAAAGCAUAGCAACGUUGCGAAUGUGUCAAAGUCCUCUCCAUCAGCGUCAGAGGCUGUACCUGCGGCGGCCUCUCCGUCUACGAAACAAGUAAGAGCUUCGCCUCCAGUGACCCGAUUGGGACAAGCUCAAAAAAAUAACUCAUCAAAUGAUGAUGAAGGUGUUUCGCCUUUUGCUGUGACGACUCGCCAAAGCUUUGCGAGAAGGAGCAGUCCAAAAGCCGAUAUCGAGGAAUUUGAGGCAGCGGGCAAGGUAAAAAGCAGCUCGACAGCUCUUGCAGCUGCCGGAGCGUCUUUGUUCGAUAGUGGGACUGGAGCAUAUUCUGGCAACACGUCACAGGCGUCAAGAAAGAUGCAAGAAGGUGGGAAGUCAACAAUAAAGAGCGUUGUCUCACACCAAGAAAAAACUCAACUACAGGUAGGCGUUGUAGCAGGAAUUCAGGAAGAACAACAGGCAAAUAGAGCAUCAGAUAUUGUGGGUUCUGAAGCAGCGCCAGGGCCAGAACAGCAGUCCUGGUCGACUUCUGUUGACGAUUGUACGGCUUUGAUGCAUCUCGAUGAGCGAAGCAUUCUAGAGAACUUGCGAGUCCGAUAUGAACACAAAGCGAUAUACACUAGCGCAGCCAAAGUGCUGCUGGCGGUGAACCCGCUGGGCACCAGUCCCGACAUCGACGCUCUCUACUCGCUUGAGAAGAAGCAGCUCUACCAACUUGGAAACCGGUUAGCGCCACCACAUCCGUUUGGCGUGGCAGAUCUCGCGUAUCGACAAUUGCUCCACGAUGGCCAAAACCAGGUUUUGAUCAUCUCUGGCGUUUCCGGAGCCGGCAAAACCGAAACUGCGAAAAUCGCCAUGAGCUACCUCGCAUACCGGUCUCGCUCUAACGAACUCGCGGCUCUCGAGGUCGCAGAGAAAAUGCUGAGUCUGAACCCGUUACUAGAAAGCUUUGGGAAUGCAGCUACUGUGCGCAACUGCAAUUCUAGUCGCUUCGGAAAGUACAACGCACUGCGCUUCAAUGUGGUCGGCCAUUUGCAAAGCGCGGAAAUCCAAACUUUCCUCUUAGAGUCCAGUCGUGUCACGAGCUGUGCCAGCGGCGAACGCAGCUACCAUGCCUUCUAUGAACUGUUAGCAGCCGCAGACGAACAAUAUCUAGCGAGAAACGGCUUGCAUCCAAGGACCGGCGCGCCACCAUCCUCCGAAGAUAAUUUUGCUUCCGAUGGUGAGCAUACCACAAGCUUCCGCGAGCCCAAUGUUUCUUACCGGCUCGCGCAGCAAGAGGACAUCGGCUUUGGGUCAGAGCACUGCGUUUUUCGGCGGGACGAUGCUGCAAACUUCGCCAUUCUUGAAAGGGAGUUGAAGACCGUACUGUCUGAGUCUAUAUGCGAAUCAAUUUUCGACAUUCUCUGCGGCCUGAUCCAUCUUGCAGAGCUAGACGUUGUCAUUGUGGAGCGAAAUUGCGCGGCUGAUUCGGUUACCCUUGAAAAGCAACAGCACGUUGAGCACGCUGCUCGCAUUCUGGGUUUCGAAGUCGAAAAGUUGCGGGAGAUCCUCACAACGAAGUGGGUCGUUGUCGGGGGCAGAGAACGGUAUCAAGUUCCCCGAACGAAGGCCCAAGCGGUGGCAUUUCUACACAGUCUGAGCAAGUUUCUGUACCGAAAGCUGUUUGACUUCGUCGUUGCUCGAGUAAACGCCGCACUAAUGUCAAAGAACAACAGUGGUGCAGGGUCGGUUCCGUCCUCGGUUCCUGGCUCACCAGAGCUCAACGCCAUGAGUCGCCGCCGCUCAAAAAGGUACUCUGCAGAGCUUCAAAGUCAGGCUCUGCAGAUCGCACAAGUCUCUUCAGCAGCGACAAGUACCACGACUCUUCAAGCUGGAGCAACCACAUCGCCGUCUCUGGCACCUCAUUCGCCUCCGCUAUCGCAACAGCAAAACGGAGAUACCCAGACGAACGGUUUUCAGCUGGGAGUCCGGCUUUCAGGCGCCGCGCCAGCAGGCAUCAUGGGGAAGACGAUUGGCAUUCUCGACAUUUAUGGCUUUGAGCAGCUUGAGCGAAAUUCGUUCGAGCAGUUGUGCAUCAAUCUCGCGAACGAGCAUCUGCAGCAAUUCUUUGUCGACAAUGUGCUCUUGGGCGAGCAAGAGCUCUACCGACGCGAGGGUCUCCAGUGGAAGCCCGUCAGCUGUCCGGAUUGUACCGAGUGCGUCAGCGCAAUUGGUUCGUGCUUCAAGAUGCUCGAUGACUGCUGCUUCCGCGUGGCGCGCAUGUCGCAACAGGAGGUUACGGCAGCAACGUUUACCCAGUCUGUGCACACGCAUUUCUGUACCGAUCGAAAAGCGUCCGCAGUCGGCGUGGUCAAAGAACCCAAGCGCGGACGCAACGUCGCGGGAGUUGAUUCGAUUCUCAAAACGGAAGGCUUUGUCAUCUCGCACUUCGCAGGCGACAUCACCUACCAUACCAGCGAAUGGCUCGAAAAGAACAAUUCCCGCUUAGAUCUGGAGUUGGAAGCUCUAGUCGCGCAGUCAACAAACAGCCUGGUGGCAACGUUCGUGCCUCCGCCAGAACCAGAAGCUCCCAAGGACGGCGAUGAAGACGCUGUUGCGAAGAGCAGCAGCCGGCCUCCACCGACGUCCACGUCGUCAAAGGAUGCUCCGGUGGGGUCGGCUCGUGCAAACAAAAACAAUGCGAAUCUGUCAACGUUUGACUCAGUAAGCAAGAAGUACUUGAACGACUUGAAUGCGCUGUUGACCAACCUGCAGUCUGCAAAUUUGCACUACAUUCGUUGCUUUUGCCCCAAUGCCGAGCAAGAGCCGUUUUCGUUUGACGCUCAAACUGUGUUGACCCAGAUGCGCGAGAGUGGGACUUUCCAGCUGGUCAACAUCAUGCAUCACGGCUACCCGCAUCGAUGCGACUACAAAUUUCUUGCGGAAAAAUUCAAGAAGUUCCUGCCAUCGUCUCAGCUGGGCGAGCAAUACGACGCGCGGACUUUCAUCGACUUGCUCAUGCUUGCUCUCCGAGUACCAAAACACGACUACGUGAUGGGCAUUUCGAAGCUCUUCCUGAAAAGCGGCAAGCUGGCCAUUCUGCAGCGAUUGCUGGCUGAGAACGCUGACAUGGUGAAGACGGUCGCACAUGACUUGCAGUGGCAUUUUCUACGGAAGAAGCUUCGUCGCUGCUUCCUGGCAGUGCGGUUCGUGCUGUACGUCAACGCAUUCAGCAAGCGUUGCCGAAAGGACCGGCUAGAGCGAGGACUGGUCACUGUUUCGCGGACCCUUGUGCGCCUAGUGAGAUGGCACCGUCGAGCACAGCGACGGCUCUUGUGUGCGGACCGGUGGCAACUGUGCCUCCGUGGUGUGAGGAUGUGCGUCGCGAUGCGGCGGUUUGCGCGGCGCAAAUACUUCUGGCGCUGGAUUGCGCGUCUCGUCAUUUUGAAGCGCCGUCUUCGCGCAGCGGUGAAGCACCGUCGCGAACGGAAGGCUCGUCGCUACCAGGCAAAACUGAACUGGGAUUUGCUGCUUCUCACCACCCAGUUCGGAAUUCUUUUUCGACGAGUGCAGCGAUGGCGCCGCGUGAGACGCGCCAGUAUACGGGACAGCAACUUGACGAUGUUUUGCCGCUACGCGAAUCUUGGGAUUGUUAUGCGGUCCUACGUCCGGCGCCGUCGGGACGACAUCCGCGAUGCGUAUGAAGCGCGUCAGCGCCAUCUUCUUCGCACACUGCGUGGCUACGUCCAUAUGACCGUGCAGAUGCGGAGACUCUUAGGGCGUGCGCGAAACAGCAUAGAAGCGCGCCGGAUCGAGGCUGAUAGGCUGGCAGAGGAAGAGUGUGUUCGACUCGAGGAAGAGCGAUUGCGAGAAGAAGCCGAGCGUGAGCGACAGGCGGAACUCGAGCGUACGGCUCUUGCUCAGGCGGAAGCACGCGAGCGCAAGAUUAGACAGCGCGCGUUAUUCGAGCAAACGCUAUUCCGCACUGUUUUGCUUUGCGGAGCGCUAAAGCGACACAUCGCAGCAAGUCGCUUUGAACGCGAACAGCGUCGCAUGCGCGAAGAGCAAGCUCGUGAGCUCCAGGCAAUGGAAGUCGGGCGCCAAAAUCGAGUCAAGGAGUUGCUGCACGUUUGGGCGCGCGCUAGCAUGCUCUUUGUGCGGCUGCGUCGAUAUUGUAUUCGCUACCGCGACGAAAGCAGCCGCCGAAGAGAUGCAGCGAUCAAAAUCUCAGCCUUCAUGCACAGUCUCGCGGAGUAUCGAAUCAGAAGGCAAGUGCUUGUGGAAGCACGACAGCAUUUGCUACAGCAGAAAGCGGAGGAACACCGACGGCGGGCAGCGGAGCAAACCGCCCAACAACAGGACGCCGAGAGAGCGGCCAAGCAAGAAAAGGUCCAAAAGCUUUUGGACACGUUUUACUGUGGGACGAAGUUAGUCGUUGAGGGCCGCCGCUUUGUCAGGCGCUGGCUGGAAGAAAAAGCUCUCAUAGAGCGGAAAGCAAGGGAGUCAAAGGAGCAGCAAGAAGAAGUGGAGCGACAAGAAGAGCGAGCCGCCGUGGAGACGCAGAAAAAGCAGAAAGCAAGGGAGAGCCUGUUGAGACAUUUUGUGAGAUCGGUGUUUGUGUCAAUCCGCCUCCGGCGGUGGAUGAGACGCGUGUCUGAGCGCGUUCUUGAAAAUCAAGUCGAACGUCACCUCACAAUGGUUAGCAAACGCAAAAGGUUGGUGACAAUUGUUUACGGCCUCGUACUUUUGAAACGAACCGUGAGGGCAUGGAUGGCACGCAAACGCGCAAAGGAUGUUCAACGAGCUGCAGGAGCAGUCGCCCGAUUCGUGCACACUAUACGUGUCUUGAGGGGCUUCCGCCGGUGGGUACGGGCAUACCGAAGGAACAAGAAAGCCGCCAGUCAACAACAGGCUUUUGACUUGCGCGCGCGAAUAAGUCGCGGGAGCAGCGGCUGCAGCCUACGCGGGGUGGUUGCGGCGCACCAGCUCCGAGAAGGCUCAAUGCAGUCAAACUACAGCCUCCCACCCCCAGGCUUCGAUUGGCAGAAGCUUCUAGACCGAAUGGAAAGGGUAGAGGAGGCCUCGCGACGCACCGAGCGCAUAGUCAUUGAGCAGGGCGGCGCCUAUGAUCUGCAGCGACUGCGACAGCGAAGAAGCGUCAACUUAGGACGCACCAAGAACGAAGUCAUUGCCAUCGUCCCUGAGCACGAGGCACAGCAAACAGGGGCCUCUUCGUCCUCUUCCUCGUUGGCAAUAGAACCAGCCAGAAGCUUGCUGCAGCUGGAAGACCAGGCUAGAACCGAAGAACAAGGCAAUGGAUCAACGUCAGCAAAUCUUACAACUGGCUCCGACGGUAUAACAGGUCAUGAAACCAAAGUCGGUGAUGUAGAGAACAACAAGCGAGUGAGUCAGAUACGCGCAUCGUCGAGCGCCGCGAGCUCAAGUUGUUACUCAAAGGAGGUGACUUGUUUUAGUGGGUUCGGCGCUGCAGCUAAAAGAAGUAAGUCAUCGUUUGUAAGUGGAGCUCAGAGCGUUCCGCGUAUGGGUAGUAGCGGUGGUUUGUUACGCGAGGACGAGGGCGAGGCAUCACAGCCACCUGGCUUUGGACUGCAGGGACGAGAAGGUCGAGGCAGUGGAAGUCUCUCUGCUGUCUCCAAUGGAAUUCAGCUACGAAUAGAAGAUCACGGCGGGCAAGCGCAAGGAGACCUGAUAAGAAGUACUGGUCAGGGAGGAGAAGAAAAUGAACAUUCUGCGCCUCUUCCAAGACGGCCUCGGACAUCAAGUGAAUUUACUCCUGUGGGUUUACAUGGUCAGCCGCUGUUGCUCUUUCAAAGGGAUUCUGUUGGUCUCCCGGUUCCUGUCGCCCCGGAUGGAGGUAUUCCAGAAUCUCGGAAAAGAAUUUCCACCCACUACCUGGAAAUAGAAGCAGCAGUAGAAGAUGCGGGAAGCGAAGCAGCAGGCAGUCGCAGCAGCUGCGGCAACGCGCACGUAGUGAAUCUUGAUGCGCGUUUAGUCGUGGAACAAGAAAGGGUAGCGCGAGAAAGAACAAACAACGAAGCCUUGCUAGGGUUCGCAGACGCCAAGAGUUCGAUGGUAACGCACAAUCUGUCGCAGCAGGAAGACUCCGCGGUUUUUGUCGAUGCGAUUGAGUCGCCAUCACCACCUAAGCGCAGCGUGUAUGAGCCACCAAAUGCGCCUCUGCCACAUCAUGGGCGCGCGUUGACGGAAAUUUCAAGGUAACAGCUACAACGUAAUAAAACAACCCGGACCACGUGUGCCUUUAUCUUCACCUUAGUUUAUAUAUUGGGGGUCAACGUCAAGUAUGAAUAUCAAUAUUUUGCACGCGGUCACUCCGUAUUUUUCGACCUGUAAAAAUCGAUGCUCUAAAUUCAUCCCCAGUAACUUGCAAUGCAUUUCCAUUCUCCUCACUCUAAUCCGCUCACAGGGACAGCCUGAUCGGGCAACAGGAGCACUCCUCGGAGCCAAAUUUCGGAGGAUCUUCUUCGAGUGAUGCUAUGCGGCUCGGUAUUGGCACAGACGACACAGCGCGCCGCUUGGCUCAAAGGGUGCGCGAGAAGUUGAUCGGGCCUUUCUCGCCUCUUCUCGAGGCGGCGAGCGCGGUCGCAGGAUCUAUUGGCGGGCACAGCAUAGGCAUCAUUGAGGAAUCUGACGUGGAUCAUGCGCAGGCACACGGCGACGCCGACGGCGUCGAAGAAAAUAAAGCUCCUCAACCUGCCCCUGCCUCUGUGCCUAUACCACCACGAAGCGAAAAGGUGCGACCCGUAGUUGUCGCUUCUAGAGAAAACAUCAUGGGAGACUCCGAAAACGUUAAUCCAAAUCAAAGGAUGGCAUCCGAUGAAGUAUCAGCUGGACCGAAUGUUACCUCAACUUCGACGAAUUCUACUUCUCUCGUCGCAAGUAGGUUGAACUUCUUCGGUAGAAAAGCUAAUAAGAAGUCGAGUGACGCACGCUCUUUUUCAUCUGAUGGAGGAGCAGAGGCAAGACAAGUGAGCAAGAACGACGCAAGCAGUCGCAACAGCUCAUUAUCGAAAGAUCAUCUUCAAGCACCGAUACCAGAAGAAGACCUUCCAGCUAUAAGCACAAAUACCAAAGCAGUGAAUAACAGCAUCACUUUUAGCUUUCCUGAAGAUCUAGGACAGUACGAGGAGGAAAUCGUGCAAAACGCAUCCUUUCAUACAGCACAAUCUAGUUUUCAUAGCGCGCUUGACGAAUCCUCGUUACUAGCGAGACCCUUUCAACGAGGAGAUUCAAUCAAUACCGGCCGCUCUCUAUCGGAGCAAGUUGGUUUCCGGCGCGACCAGCGUCUGGACCGACGUACGUCUCCAGCGCUGCAGCGAGGAGGACGGGGGCAGCCGAGGUGA